UCUGUGGACUGUGUGUCCGUGAUACACCCCGCAAAUAACUUAAUUGUAAAACAUAGUGACCAUCUUCCGCUGCUCCUGAAAAAGGGAGGCUCGGCGAGACUUUCCUGGGUAAACAAGCAUAAUAUUAAAAUUAACAACCUAUUUGACUCAUGUACCUGCAUAGACGUGAUGUAAAUGCUUGCCUGUACCGUGUGUUUACGCAGAUCCAAGCAUGCAUCUCAUCACACGAUUUGACGGAAAUUUUCGGAGUGUCAGGCGAGGUGUGGUCACGUAGUGAGCUGAUGUCCGUGUCUCCGGCCUUGGUUCAACAACUCCUUAGCCACGCGUGCCAAGCGCCCAAUGGCUCUCACUCGGGAGAAACAAAUUCGCGACCUUCGCAAGCCCACAAGUACGGAUAUGGAACGCUGGCAUCCUUGCUGGUGAGCGCUCUGUCCCUCAUUGGAGUGGUCACCUUGACUUGUUCCUCGUGCACUUACGUCUACUUGUACAGCCAGCAGGCGCUCUUUGGCCUUGCCGUUGGAAGCAUGACUGGGGACGCCAUACUGCACCUACUGCCCAAGCUGUUGGGGUUGCACGUUCAUUCCACGGAGGACAACUUGCAUGCUGACGACAAUUCAUACAUUUGGAAGCUCUUAACCGUGAUUGGAGGCUUAUAUGUGUUUCUGAUGCUGGAACAACUGUUCACUGUCUUGACAAGAGACGACGCAAAGGUGAACGAUGAGCGUGAUGAUCACGGAUACAAAAUGGAGACGUGUCCAGACGUCGGCAAGAUGGACCUAUCCGACAAAGAGAAACAUGACGUUUCAUAUGAAAAGGACACCCAGCAAACGGGAAACAUCAACAUGUCAACUAUUGACUUGAUUGCAGAACAUGAAGCCUCUCACCUGCCAACCUCCAUCAGAAAAAAAGGCACCACCAUUUCCUACCAACUGUUGCUGCUGCUGCUGCUGCCGUUGCUGCUGCGGGUUAUUUCAGGUCUCAACGCGAUCGUGCUCAUGGUGCUGAUCGGUGACGGCCUCCACAACUUCGCCGACGGGCUGGCCCUGGGCGCCGCCUUCUCGCUGUCACUCAGCGACGGGCUUGCCACCAUGCUGGCGGUGGCGCUGCACGAGCUGCCGCACGAGAUCGGGGACUUUGCCAUCCUGCUCAACACGGGACUGUCCAUCCAGGCUGCCCUGGGGCUGAACCUGCUAAGUGCCCUCACGGCGCUCAUCGGCUUCUACAUUGGGGCCUCUGUGUCUGAAAACGAGACGGCCAUGCAGUGGAUUAUUGCCUUUGCAACGGGCAUGUUCCUGUACCUGUCCAUCAACAACAUGGUGAGCCCCUUGCUCUCGUCUGUGCAGGCCACCGACAGAUCGCAGUCCACUAUCUCUGAGAUGAAGCGAUUCCACGUGGACCGGCCCUGGCUCCUGCUGCUGUUGCAGAAUCUGGGAUUGUUUCUGGGCUGGGCGUUCAUGCUGCUCUUGGCUCUCUACGAGGACAAACUCCACUUUUAA